CGAACUUCGUCUACUUUCGUUCUUGUUUGGCACCAAUCGAACCCACCAGUUGACACCACCAUUUGCCCCUGUGUGGGUGCUUACAUAUGUAUGCCACCGGCUCAAUCAGUUGCCAAUAGAAAGAUCGCUGCCUGCGAUACCUGCUCCACUUAAAUAGCAACCACUCUCGGUGGCCGGAACCCAGUUUACACACGGCCAUAGAAGUACGAGUUUAUGGGACAUGAAGUCGACGGUGGGGCUCUCUUUGCUAACUCUUCUCUGGAGUGCGAGUGCCAAUCCGCUGGUGGGUCUUAUAGAUCCCGCCUGCAAAGUGGUUCGAGGAGAGUGUCCCCAUGAAAAUGUGUCCUUCUGGCUGUACUCCAACUCAACCCGUGAGAAUCCCAUACUGCUGGAUCCCCUGGACCUCAAUCCCUGGGACUUCCAGCCGCCGCGGCCCCUCAAGAUCCUCAUCCAUGGCUACACCGGCUACCGUGACUUUGCACCCAAUUCCUUCAUCCGCCCCGUGCUCCUGGAUAACGAGGAUGUCUACGUAAUCUCCAUUGACUAUGGACCACUGGUGCGAUAUCCCUGCUACAUCCAGGCGGUACAGAAUCUUCCCCUGGUGAGUCAGUGUCUGGCGCAGUUGAUCAACAACCUGGUGGAUCGUGCAAUAGUGCCCAACGAUCAAAUCCACCUGAUUGGCUUCAGUUUGGGUGGUCAGGUGGCUGGUCAGACGGCCAACUAUCUGAAGAGAAAGCUAAAAAGGAUUACGGGUCUAGAUCCUGCCAAGCCUCUGUUUAUCCUGGGACCGGACUCUAGGAGAUUGGAUGCGGGUGAUGCGGAGUUUGUGGACGUCAUCCAUUCGGAUGUUUUUGGUCGAGGAGUGCUGCGCGCCGCGGGUCAUGUGGAUUUCUAUCCCAAUUUCGGGGCCCAGCAACCUGGUUGCAUGGAGGAGAAUAUGCAGGAUCCUGGCAGCUGCAACCACGAGAGAGCUCCCCGCUUCUACGCCGAGUCCAUCAAUUCCACAGUGGGAUUCUGGGGACGCUACUGUUCCGGUUGGUUGGUCCAUCUUCUUGGACUCUGUCCCACAACUGGAGCUCAGGCGCAAAUGGGCUAUCAUGUAUCGCAGGAGCUGAGGGGCUCGUACUUCCUCAAGACCGGAAGUAGUCCACCCUUUGCCCUGGGCAAACUGGAGGACGUGGACAACAGCCAGACCCUGGCCAAAUUCCAUCUCAACCUGGAUAACAAUGAGAUCGACGAUGACUACGAACCACAAUUGUUGGAGGCGUUCCUUGAAUUGGAUGCGGUGAAAGUCAUUGUCAAAAUGGACGAGGACGACUUGGAUAGGCAAUUGGACUGGGUCGAUCGCGAGGAAGAGGAACCCUUGUCAAGAAAUAUUAUUAAAUAGGAGCUAACAUAGAAUAUUAUUUGUUAA